AUGGAUCCUGAAGAGGUCUUUGCAGAGGAAGCGCAAGAGGAGGCGCUGCUGUCGGAGACGACACCUCAUACCCCAGACCUCGAGACACAUUUGCACGUCGGGAAGGGCGAUAAGCAGUCGGAGGAUGAGAACAGCCCCUUGAUAACUUCGCGUCGUCGACGGACGCACCAGGUGCCAUACACCAGGGCUAGGUCGAGUUAUGAAAGAGCCAUUAGCGAGCCCUGGAACGGUGCUCAUGGAUCAACAGGCCAAGCUUGGUACAAGAAGCCUUCGAUUUUAUGGCUGCUGCCUGCCUUCUUCCCAUACUGCAUCGCUUUUGGAGGUAUCAUUGUUCCGAAAACAUAUCUGAUCCUCGACCUCAUUUGUCAGGGAUAUCUAUCGGAUCGAGCUGCACAGGACCCCAACUUCAAGUUCCUUCCCGUGCUUCUAGGGGCGGAGAACCCGCAGUGUAGAGAUCCUCAUGUACAGUCGCUCGUGGCCAAGUUCAACUUAUACUACAGCCUCCUGUCAGGCGUUUUUUCUGCUCUCACAGUACCUCACCUCGGGGCUCUCUCUGACCGCGUUGGACGGAAGAAGGUCAUUGUGGGCGCAUCCGUGGGCGCCGUUGUCGCCGAGAUCAUCACAAUCAUCGUCGGCACAUAUCCCCACCAAGUAUCUGUUUAUUGGAUAUUGCUUGGGGCUCUCUUGGAUGGCCUUUGCGGCUCUUUCACAUCAGCCAUGGCGUUGGCGUUUGCUUAUGCCUCUGACUGCUCGACUCCGGAGCGACGGAAUGUCGCUUUUGGCUAUUUCCACGGCACACUUUUCACCGGCAUCGCUCUUGGCCCAAUUCUGGCGGGAUGGCUGAUCAAUCUCACCGGCACCGUCCUCACGGUCUUUUAUGUGGCACUGGCAUGCCACUUAUUUUUCAUUCUCUUCGUUUCGUUCGUCGUCCCAGAGUCUUUAUCGAAGGAGCGACAGCUUCUAGCCAGAGAGAAACGCCGCACUGCAAGACUUCAGUCACCACACAAAGAUUGGCUUGCUAGGCUGAUAAACUACAACCUCUUCGAGCCACUUUGGGUACUCCGACCUACGGGCGAGGGCUCUAGCUCCCAGCUGCGGAGGAAUCUGUUCGUUCUUGCUGCCAUCGACACCAUGAUGUUCGGCGUGGCUAUGGGUACCAUGCAGAUCAUUAUCAUCUAUGCUGAGUAUCGCUUUGGCUGGACCGCGGUGGAUUCAAGCGUGUUCCUUUCCGCCGUCAACGUCUGUCGAGUAUUGGGUUUGAUUGUUAUACUACCCCUUCUCACACGAAUCUUUCGUGGGCCGGCCCGGGAAAACUCAGCCGGCCAUAAGGGCUCGGACAUGCUUGAUGUCAAUAUCAUACGCGGCGCGGUCGUGUUUGAGCUUGUUGGAUAUAUCGGAUUCGCGCUCACUCCAUCUGGCGCGAUCAUGGUCAUCUCGGGUAUGGUGGCGGCGCUCGGUGGAAUUGGUUCACCCACCCUACAGUCAUCCCUUACAAAACACGUUCCAGCGGAUCUCACCGGACAGGUUCUUGGGGCAUCAGGUCUUCUGCAUGCCCUAGCGCGUGUCGUGGCUCCCACAGUCUUCAACCUCAUCUACAGCCAAACCGUGGGGGUGUAUGCAGGUAUUGUCUUUGUUUGCUUGGCCUCGAUCUUUGUCAUUGUCUUCAUCUUCAGCUGGUUCUUGAGACCCAAUGUCUACCUGACCGAGCGCUCCAGUGUUGAUCACGGAGAAGAAGAUGGCGCAGACAUUGCCGAAUCUUCUUGA